AUGGAGGCUGAGUCUCAAGCAGAGAACAUGAAUGAGGAACAAACCUACGAAUGGGAAAGCAUAAUAGCAGAGCUAAACAUCACAAAACCAGUGAAUGAGAUUCAAAUAUGUGACGUCCUAGGCAAGAGUCUCGACAAACUGGGAAAAUGGGAAGCAUUCUACGAAAUGUACACGAAACGAAUGGGUUUCAGCACAAGAAAAGAUGAUGUACGACGUUCUCACGGAGUCAUUGUAAUGCGCAGGUGGGUUUGUUGUUCCGAGGGUUACAAAAGAAUCACAAUAACGGAAAGACAAAGAAAAAAGAGACCUCAUGAUGUCACUAGAAUCGGAUGUCAGGCAGCAUUACGUAUUUUACUCACACAACCGUCUAACACUUGGAAAUGCAAAGAGUUCAGCACAAUACACAAUCACGACCUCGCUUCAUCAAGUGAGGUACAAUUUUUGAGAUCAUACCGAGUAGUGUCCGAUGGCUUGCUUGCCCAAGUUAGGUCGAUGAACUCCGUUGGAAUUAAAACUGCCAACAUAAUGUCUCAUGUUGCUUUGCAAAGUGGAGGUUACGAGAGAAUGCCAUGUCAACUUCGAGAUGUCUACAACAGGGUUGCUGGUGCCAAGCAAGAAGAAAAGAUAGAGACGGACUCGGAAGGAGCGUUGGGAUUUCUUGAUUGUCUCGCAGAGAGGGAUCCAAAUUUCUUCGUUGUAUAUCUGGUGGACGAGGAGAAUCGAUUGGGUAACUUAUUUUGGGCAGAUGGAAACUCACGUGUCGACUAUGUGGCUUUUGGGGAUGUACUAGGGUUUGAUACCACCUACAUGACAAAUGAGUACAAUAAGCCUCUCACUGUUCUCAUUGGCGUAAACCACCAUUUCAACACAUGCAUCUUCGGGUUCGCUCUCCUCCUCCACGAGAAGCUUUCAUCCUAUCGUUGGCUGCUUCAAAAAUUUCUCGAAUGCCAUGGAGAUAAGAAGUCAUGUUGUAGUUACUGA